GCGGGGACCAUUUCACAACACAUCAAGAUGAGUAGUCGGAAGGAGUACAAUCUGCAGAAGGGCCUGCAUGCAAAGCAGCUGAACGACGACGUGGCCAAGCCAUUGUCGCCGCGGUCGAACGCUACCAGAUCCAACAACAAUGCCAAAGAGGUGGCCAGAAUCCGUGAAACGUGCCCGCCUGGGACGUCGGACGACCGCAUUGCGCUGAUUCUUCAGCAAACCAAGGGCGACGCCCAAAAAGUACAGCUGGCCGUCAGCGAACUGUGGGAAAACCAUGGCGUGGUUCAAGACGAGUGGGCAACGGUCAGCAAGAAACAACCCAAGAAAAAGCCCGAAGAAAAGUCGACUUCGUGGACAACGACACAGCCCAAGAACAACCAUCAUGGUGGUGGAGGGGACAAUGCAGUGCAGACAGGGACCGCCGGAGGAGGACGAGGUCGUGGCAGCGCGCGCGGUGGUGGAGGCCGUGCCCAGGGAAGUGUUCCUGGAGGAAGGGAUUUGUCGCGCGGUGGCCGUGGCGGCCGUGGCGGAGGGCGGGGUCAAAGUGCCGCCCCAGACAACUCGCAACGACAUGAACAGCAGGUUGACACCGAACACGCUGCGGACAACGACGACGAACUCGUAGCACCAACCCCUUCACACGACAAACCGCAGCCCAAGCAAAAGCAGCAGCAGCAUCAUCAGACGACCCACAAACACGUCGAUUCCAACAGUGCGCCCGUGGCGCCGGCGCCCGUUCUGGUCGGAGCGUGGGCCAAGAAGCCAAACAUCCUCAACCAAGCGAAACCCGUGACGAGUCCAAAGAAGGCCACGUCACACACGAGCCACGUGGCCAAGCCUCAGUCGCCCAAGAAGCAAGCGACUACCCCCAAGUGGGAUGUGUCCAAGGACACCAAGCUCGAAGACACGGCGCCGCCAGCCUCGACGCCAUCGACCACCGCGUGGCCGGCCACAGUCGCAUCCUCAUCCGACUCGAAACAGAAAUGGCCGCGGUCCCCCAAGCAGAACGAAGACAACGACCACCCACCGGCCGAACCCACCCAACGAGUGGAACCUGCCGACACGAUCGCGUCGUGGGGCGCGUCGCUCGAGUCGUCGAAAGCGCCGCCGCCAUCGACCGCUUCGACCGUGGCGGCGGCGGACUGGGACGCUGCGCCCCCGGCCUGGACACGCACGAGUCCGAUCCUGACGCCGUCACUGCAGUACCCCCCCUCGUCCCCCUCUGGCGCCGUGUUUUCCCCCAAGACCCAAUCUCCCAAACAAGCCAAAACCGGAUCGUCCAGCCCCACCAACGAAGCUCGACAGAACAAAUUCAGCAUGGGCCGAUGGGGCGAUGUGGCCGCCCCCGAACUGUCGCUCCAAUUUGGCAGCUUCUCGAUGGAUAUUGACACGACCGCGUCGUCGGCCUCGACGUGGGCCAACACCCCCCCCGCCACGGCCGGCUGGUCUCCCAAGAAGGCGCACGAACAAUCCACCCCCGUCAAGUCCCCCCGCGCCUCGUCGGCGCCGCCGCCUGGUCUGACCGACAGCCCGAAGGCGUCCCCCCGCAAGUUCCAGAACCCCACUCCGAACGCGCCGUCCCCUGCCGCGCUCCCCAAGCCGAACGAGCGCCAACAAGGCCCUGCGUCCUCUCGCGCGACGACCACCACCCACCAAACGGCGCCGUACCCCGCGGCCACAACGUCGGCGGCCGCCAAGCCCGCCGCGACUGCUGCGUUUAGCAGCCCCUUGUACCAAAGCCACCCGAGUACGUACAACCAAUACUCGGUGGGCAUCUCGGGCCGAUCGUCUCAACCGCCGUCGGCGACCACGCCCACGACCCAGCAACAGCCGACCACACCAUCGUCCGGCAACCAUGUGCAAGGCGCCAUUGGAAAGCAACACGGCAACCACCGAAACAAUGGACAGACCAACAACCCCAUCGCGGGAGGUAGCACGGGGGGUAUGAACCAAGGCAGUAGCAACGCACAAGGCACUGUGCCUCCGACCAACCCGCAGCAAGCGGCCCAACCGUCCCCCAAUGCGAACCAAGGUGUUGGCCACCAAAACCCCCCCCACCUUGCGCCGUACCAGCAGUUGCCGCACGCGUAUCAUCCUCAAUACCCCCCCCCGCCGCCGCCUGGCAUGGCCAUGCCAUACAAUCCGUACAACUACAACCCCCAGUACUACCCCCACCAGCCAGGAUAUCCCCACGGAUACUAUCAAAACCCACAGUACCCUCAAUACAGCCCUCGUCAAUUCCCUCCUCGAGGCAACAUUCCGUACGGCAUGGAUGGCGCUCCUGGCUUCUCCAACCCUCCCAACGGCCCGUUGAGCUACCAAGAUCCUUCGCAGCUAGCGCAUCCAAAUGAGUACGGCCAAGGCUUUGGCGACUUGGGCUAUGGCCAACAACUGCACCCCCAACACCACCACCUGCAGCAAGGGGGUGGUGCCAAGCCGCAAGCGGGGGCCCCUAUCAACAACGGACGACCCAUCGACCCGUCCUACGCCGCUGGUCCUGCCCAAGGAGUGGCACGUGAACACACUGCGUCGCCCCCCGUUCCUGGGGGUCAUCCCGGCGCGUAUGGCCAGCAGCAGCAGCCGCAUUAUGGCAACUGGGCUGGAUCGUACAACCAACCGCCCCCACAGCAGCAACCCUCCCUGGCCGCGUGGGGGGGGCAUCAACAGCAGCCCCCGCCGCACCAGCAGCAACAGGGGUACCCCCAGCACCAGCAGCAGCCGUCGUAUCGUCCGUAUAACAACGGCGGCAACAACGAGCCCGGGAAUCAAACAUCGUGGAGCUCAUAAGAACUACGUAGGUAGUAGUAGCUAGUUAGCCACGCGUGUACAGCGGUGUAACUUAGGUCAUUCUAAGGGGAAUGAAAGUCAGUCAAUUCACAGGUUAAAAUGCGCUGCUGGGAUGUUAAGUCAACAUGGUGGCUUCGAGCUGUUGGG